UGUUCAGAGCAUCGAGGCUCGUUUGGCGGUGGGUUUACAGUGAAUGAUACAAAUAAAGCUGGACUUCCAGAGGAGAGUCUUUACACUGAUCUUUAAAGAAGUGAAGGAUUUUGGGAUGCUUGAGUUUGUGCGGCUAUUGCAUCUAUAACAGGCUGCAAUAUAACGGAUACAGAGUGAUAGACUGACGGACUGUGGCUGAUACCGAGAAGAAUCUUUCUGCAGAUUUGAAUGUUUUUAUAGUUUCAUUUAUUGCAUUUGGAUUGGAAAACAGAAGGGAAAAGACAAAACAGUACAGAACAUCAAUGACCUCAGAUUUCCAUCGUGACACUUUCAGAAUGCCGAACAUAGGAUUUCAGAACCUGCCCCUCAACAUAUACAUCGUGGUCUUCGGCACGGCCAUCUUCGUGUUCAUCCUCAGCCUGCUCUUCUGCUGCUAUCUGAUUCGGUUACGACAUCAAGCACACAAAGAGCUCUAUGCAUACAAGCAGGUUAUACAGAAGGAAAAAGUCAAAGAACUAAACUUGCAUGAGAUCUGUGCGGUGUGUUUGGAGGAGUUUAAACAGAAGGAUGAGUUGGGGAUUUGUCCAUGUAAACAUGCCUUUCACAGAAAGUGCCUCAUCAAGUGGCUGGAGGUAAGGAAGGUAUGCCCUCUGUGCAACAUGCCGGUCUUACAGCUGGCGCAGCAACAGGGAACGUCUGAAACAACGGCCCUUACACAACAGCCACUUCCCGGAGUAGAAAACCUGGUGUAGCCAUGACUUCCUUCUCCUCCUACCUCCACCCUCACUUGCUCUACUGUACAGGUACAUACAACGAACACAUGUGGAUGGAGGACAUGCUCACAUACAGCAAUAGCACUUUCUUGGAAUUUCAACAGAUUUUUAUUCUACAAUGGCGACGACAGAUUUCCAGCUACGAUCAUUAGUUUAUUGGUUUUUUUCCCCUGUCCAUUAUUAUUAUUUUAUUUUAUUUUUUUGAGUGGACAGUGAAGAAUCAAGAGUUCAGACUGUUCCACACCAAAGCACUUUUCUGGGGACACCAGCACAAGAGCG